CGCUGGCGGAGAAAUGGAAAUUGUUUUCGAGUGGUGUCAGGACUCUGGUGACACGCGAGUAGCGAAACGGCGGGACGAAUCCUCGGCCCGGGGAGGGAACAGACAUCGGAAAGCGACGAGGAAGCCGAGACCGAGCGGGCGACCAUGGAGCAGGAAAAUCGCGAGCGUCGCCCUUUCCAUCUCGCCAGCAUAUUUCCAGGUAUCCAUUUCGACGUCGAUCUCACCGAUCUGCCGCCGGACAUCCCCAGCAUCUCCAAGUUGGACGUCUUCUUCCUGGUGUGUUCCAUAAUCAUGCACGUCGUGGACAUGGGCUUCGAUUAUAACAUCGCCAUCCGGUACUACCUGGACGACAAAGUAGCGUACUUCGUCUGGACAAUGUGCCUCAUACUCGUUCCCUCUCUGAUCAACGUUGUCAUCAGCAGCCGGAUGCAGCAUCAAGAUAAACAAAUGAGCUCCAGUACAUCGGAUACGUCGAGCGAUUACAAAACGACCCGUUUGUUGAUUAAGAAUGGACUGUACUGCACGAUCGCCGUUUUCUUGCAACUGGCGCCAGUUAUACAUUACUGGGAAACCUUGAAGUGUGCGUUGAAAGCGCGUAAAUGCAAGAAAUCCGGGGACCGUGUCACUGAAAGGAGAUAUUAUAUAAGGAUGCUCAAGGAGGAUCAAGAUGUUGCCUUGCUAAGAGUAUUUGAAUGUUUCUUGGAGGCUGCGCCGCAACAAGUCCUACAGCUGACUCUGAUGCUAAAGCAUUAUCACAAUGAAGUUAAUUUUACAUUUAUACAUCAAGUAGCUAGUAUUGUCUCCUCGCUUACAAGCAUGGGUUGGGCAAUGGCCAGUUAUCAUCGUAGCAUUCGAUUAGCUCAACAGAAUAAAUUAAACAUUGGCGUUGCAGGAACUGUGUUACAAUUUCUGUGGCACUUUAGCAUCACAGUGGCAAGAAUCUUAUCUCUUGGUGUUAUUGCGAGUGUCUGGCCUCUAUAUACUGCAAUCGGUUGCCUAAUACAUUGGGCAAUCAUGACUAUAUGGAUUUUGAUCAAUUCCCAUGGGGUAUUAGAGUUUUGUCGGGCUUACGGUCGCCCACCACAUAUGCUGCCAACGUUCAAAGAACGCGUUAAUUCCAUAUUAUUUGCCGCAGUUGUUGGCAUAGUUUACAUCUUCAUAUAUCUAAAUACCGUAGAUAGCAACACAUUUUGGAAACAUCUAUGUUUCUACGGGCUCUGUUUUGCGGAAAAUAUUACCACAAAUCUAUUGUGGCGAUACACAUGUCCUCCUGAAGUUAGAGAGGCUUGGUACUUUAAUGUAUUCUUUAUUAUUUGCAUCGUCUCGUUUUGGCUGGGAAUUAUAGCAAUGAUAGUGUAUUAUACCAAAUUCCAUCCUUCAAAAAAGCAGCACGCUUCAAAUUCACUCCAAGCCAUAUAAUUGUAAAUAUCUAUUUUUUUUACUUGAAAGAGAUUAUAAACCUUAGGUUAUAGUUUAUAAAGUAUCUUCUGAUACGUUAUAUGUCUCAAAAGAAAGCAAAAAGAAUCUCAAUAUUCAAAUAUUUUACUAUAUAUAUAUAUAAAAUGCGAGUUUUUUCUCAAUGAGAUUUUUACAUACAACUCUCUAUUUAACUUUCGUUUUGUGUACAAUUUAUAAAAACUUUGCAAAAUAUGUUUAUAUACAUACGAGGUUUCUCUGCAGACUAAAUUACUUCUAAUAUAUAAGCAAGGCUACAUUUUGAUUACAUCUAACAUAGUUUUAAAACAUCACAUAGACUGCGCAGAAUGUUAAGUAACAUGGCUGUGUUAUGAUCAAUAGAAGCCAACUAGAGAUUAUUUUUUUGUAUUGAAACUUUGAUAAGAAUCUUUUUUUACUUUUUUAAUUUAUAAACUAAGAAAUAUCUCUCAGGGAUAUAUAAAUGUAUAUACAUAUAUAAUUAUACAUGUAUAUACAGAGUACUAAAAUGCUAUGUUCAAAUUUUCAAUGUAAUGUGUUAGAGUAAAUGUAAGUUAUGUGAUAUUGACAUUAAAGACUGUACAUUUUUACGACAAAAGAAUAAAUUUUCUAUUCAACAUAAAAAA